ACUGAUUCAAAUAAAAUAAUCUUUGAAGUAAAAAAUUGUCCUUUCAUUCUUAAAUUUAAUUACUUAUCUAAUCAAUUCAUGCUUUUAAUUUUAUUGACGAGAGUUGCCAAUCAUAUCGAUGAGAACAGUAAGUAUCUUGGUAUGCAAAAUAAAUGAAUAGAAUUCUACCAUUUGAGACAUAUUCAUUAAACUUAAACUUAGUAAACAAUUCCUUAGAAGUCGCCCGCUUGGUGCAGUGGUAUUCGUGUUUACUCUUGAGUAUUUAGUAAGUACAUGUAAUUGAUCUUUAUGUCACAAAUUCGAAUCCCGAUGUGGACUGGACCGAUGAGACCGUAUUACCCGAGGUCCCGUGUCGCAGUAGGUGCAAGUGCAAAAAAGAUCCUCACUGCUCAAUAAUGUGGAGUACCGAGCAUACUUCCAGAUUUUCAAUUAUUUACCCGCAUAUCUCCAUAUGAGUGUAAGAUUCUCGAGAGUGGCGCUAAACAACAAACGAACAAAAUUUCCUCGAAUAUCUUUAAAACAGAAUUUAACCCACGAAGUUUUACAGAAGAUCCAUUGAAUGAAAUGAUUUAUAGUUCAGUUCUAUCUUAUUCUAUAUAAAUUCCGUUUAGAUUUAGAAGCCAAUCCUGUGCUCUUGGUCAGGUGUACAGCCAUGAACAACAGAUAAGAAGAAAAAGCAAAAAUUGUGUCAAAAAUGUGAAAUAAAUUACUCAAAGAUCGUAAGCUAUCGGUUCCAAUCGGAAAAUUCCCGCUAAAACACGUGAUAAGAUGUCAGAACCCUUACCGCUGCCGUAAUUACAAAAAAUGGUUCAUUUCCAUUAUUCGUGAGUCACUGUACUGUUUCCUUGUCGCUUUCUUACUACAACCGAGACAAAAUGUGUGGGGUUUACGGUUAGUUACAGAUUAUCUUGUAUUUUCGUAUAUUUUCCCUAUUGCAGACGUCGAAAUCCUUGAGUAAGCUUAGACUUACAUGUCACGGAUGACCCCGAAACAUAACGAAAGUUUAUACGGUGGUCACUCGGUAGGCAUACAGUACGGGGUAACUACAACAUGCAAGAAAUGAAGUUUCAUCGCUGUUUUCAACGACUGUUUUGAACAGUUCAAAACAGUCGUAGCAAUUAACAGGAUCAUUCAGGAGUAAUCCGAGUUAACAGGGUUCACCACAGUAAUACUAGUAAUAACGGACUGACUGCGGAUGUCUAAGAAUUUUCACGGAUCCCCAAAUCGUAGCUUACCGUGAUCUAAAUUCGUGACAGUGUGACUGGGGCUUUAUAAGUAAUUUAUCAAAUUUACGCUCACAUUGAACAUUAUAUAGGGAUUUUAAAUAUAAAUCGCAUUUGCAGUAAAGGCUAUGGAGAUAACGAACAGUAUUCAAAGCAUAUUCCAAAAACAAAACAAAGUAAGAGCAGAGCAAGCACGGAUCUCUUAAACAUCUGAGGUGCGAUAACGCAUGUACUAUGUUUGCAUAUACCGUUGAAGUUAUGCACGAAUACCAGAUAGGCCCAAAUCUGCGAAAUAAAAAAAAAAUAUUUAACUCAUUAUAGGGUGUUAUUAUAUCGUUAAAACGACUUACUUAUCACUAUGAAACAACUUAGUUAUUUUGUUUUAACGUCUUUCAAUAAAUAAUAAUUACAUGCUAAAAUAAUUUUCUAUUUACACACAUACAAAUAUUUUAAUUUUCUCAUUGCAGUGCAACCUAGCAAAACAUCCAAAGACAGAUGAAGACACAGACUCUCUCUGUACUUCAGUAAAUAAUCAGGAUUUGUGUGGGGAUGAAAGUGGAAGUCUGAAUUCUGGAAACAAAAAAGAUCCGUUAUCAGAUUUAACAAAAGAUCAGUGUGUCGUUCUCUACACAUUGUUCCUAUGUAUGGGUAACUACAUAUUUAUCAUAAAAGAUGGCGACGUCUCUAUGGGUGACAUUGAUGUCUGGAAGAGAGUGAAGGAGCUGGAGAACAAAGGACUGGUGUUGCCUUUCAGUGACCACAAAAAGCGCAUCCUAUAUGAUAAACGAUCUAUGAUAAUGAAAUACUUCAGAGAAGACUGCCUGCAGAGUGAGAUAGACAAGGACUUCUUCAUACAGGUAGCCUCAGAUGAAUCCAUAGAAACAUAUGCUGAUGUGUACUGUCGUCAUGGAGAUGGUUCCAGGGAAUCAGAAGACAUCGGUCCUAUAACAACGAUGAGACUGAUUGUAGAGGGUCGCAGAAACAGGUUACCCGACUCUGUAAAAGAUGAAGUUCCUGCGUGUCUCAUAAAUGACAAGAAGGAGUGCGAUAUGUUUGUAAAGUUUUGGGGCAAAGCAAGAAAUACAGACCCUAUAACAUUGUCAAACCAAAUUCCUGAUGAGAAAGUUAAAAACUUUUAUUCUGCUUUUACCGUCCUUUCGGAUAUAAAAAAUGAGUUAAAGGAAAUGCAUUUGUCAAAGAAAAAAUGGAGUAUAUUGAUAUCCAUACUUAUGUCAGAAAGAUAUUCCAUUUGUAAAAGUGAACAAUGCGAGGAAAAACGAAAAAAUAUUCAACAAACAUUCGAAGCAUUGCAAGAUGUUAAGGAGGAGAGGGUUGAAGAAGAUUUGGUACUCUUAAAGGAAUUGGAACACCGUGAUGAAUUGUUAACUGUAGAUAAAGAGAACAAUAUAGUUUCCUUUUUAUCAGAGGAGGUCCGACACCAGGUGAUGGGCUACUUUGUUUUGAAUUGCUUACAAAGGAAGGAGGAUUAUGAAAACUAUCUAAAUUUUUCCUCAAUGGACUCGCUCAUUGAAUACGUGCGGCCACUGGGAUACUUGAGACAGAGUACAGAACGAUGUAUGUACCUACCAAAAGGAACAAAAGAGGUAUUCGUAAGAAGAUUUGGUAUAGACGCCAUACAUUAUGCAACACCAGGACAUAACGAGUUUAUGGACGCAAUACUUUCAGACCUAAAGUUACCGCCUGGCGUAUUAAAGAUGUCCCAAGGGACAAAGAUCAUGUUUUGCAAUUUCGUCAAGGGAUUUGAUGAGGAACAUGAACAUCAACAAUUGAACCUAUGUAGUCUUUUUGGAUCAUUUUUGAUUGAUUUAAAUACGUCUGAAAAGAGAGAAUUUUUUACAUCGCCGCCUUCUUCCCCUAAAAUGAGCAUACUUUGCACCAUCCUUCUGUCAAACGGUUACACACUUUGCCUGGACAAGCAAUUGAAAGACACUAUCAAGGAAACCAGACAAAGAUUUAGCUCAUUCCAGAGGACUGAGAAAGUUGAGGACGAUUUACUUAUUGAGGAAUUAGUAGAAAAUGAUAAAGUAUUAAUCAGGAACAAUACACUCAAUAAUGUGAAAUUCGCAACAGAUGAUGUCCGCCAUCAAGUAAUGAGUUACUUUGUUAGGACUUGCCUAGUCACAGAUGAAGACUACAUAAACUACAUAAAUUUGUCUUCAGUGGACUCGUUAUUAGAGUAUGUGCGCGUAUGGAGAAAUGGAAAUGUUGAAGAGGAAAGAGUCUUACAUUUACCAGAGAGGAUUGAGAAUAUAUAUAUUAAGAAACUUGAUGUACAUAUAUUAUGUCAUGUCAAUAUGGAGAUGCUUUGUCAAAAAAGCAGAAACCUGGCUGACACAUUUCAUAUCCCAAUGGAAGUUCUAGAAUGGGACUAUGAAGCUCGAAGACGAUACGUAGACUGUCUAAAGAAAGGAACCCAGAUGGUACACAGAGCUCGUGCAAUGAUAGUUGGAUGUGCUGGGGCUGGCAAAACCACAUUACUCGAACGUCUACAAAAUCAUAAUAUCGACAAACUAAAGGAGAUAGAGUCUACGGUUGGGGUUGGAGGUUCAUGAAAACAUUUUCGAAAUAGAAAACAACUCCUUGAAAGCUCUUUCAGAAAACCUUAAUAAUGAAAAUAAAUGCUUACUGAGUGUUGUGGACUUUGCUGGACAGUGUGCUUAUUACGCCUGUCAUCAGGUCUAUCUCAGCAGAAGAGCUUUUUAUCUUCUUGUGAUUGAUCGAUCCAAACCAUUUCAAGAUCAAGUUGCCCAGGAAUUGUGUGAACAGGAAGGAACCAUGUUCUCCGACUGGACAUAUGGCCAAUACAUUAUUUUCUGGUUAAAAUCGAUCCACACGUACUGUGAUGAUGACACACCAGUAAUCACGAUCGGCACACACUCUGACAAGAUACAGAAUGUUGAUGAAUCCAUUUAUGAUGAAUUGUUUGAGCUCUUAAAAGAAGAACCUGAACUCAUGAUGCAUAUAGACAGUUCCAAAUGUUUCCACAUUGGAUUUCCUUUGAUUGAUAAUGGACCAAUCGACAAACUUACUGAUAUAGAGGAAUGCAUUGCGUCCAUUGCCUUAGAGGACCGAUGGAAAGAAACUAUCCCAGAAGACUGGGCAUUAUGUGAGACUGCGUUUAGAGAAAAUAAGCAUAGAGGGAAAAAAAUGAUUUCUCUAUCGAAUUUCAAAAAACGAGUGUCCAGUAAAAUGUCAAAAAAUGAUAAAGAGACUUUUGAUAUGCUGCGCUUUUACAAUGAUAUCGGCAGUAUCUUGCAUUUUAACGAGAAAUAUCUAAAGGACAAAACAAUUAUAGAUGUUCAGUGGUUUGUAGACUGUUUCAAAAACAUUAUCACAGAUACAAAUCAUGUCAAAAAGGUAGCUAAAAACUACGCGCAAUGGCAGGAUUACAAUAAGAGUGGUUAUCUUUCUGAAGAACUCCUACAUCAGAUAUGGAAACAGACCAAAUUGAACCUUCGAAAAUGCAAACCAACUUUGAAGUACAUGCAACGCCUUGGUUUGGUUGCUGUGGGGAAGGAAUUCCAUUAUAUCCCUUGUAUGAAUAAAUUGGACGUCGGCGAUGGUUUAAAAAAAUACCUAUCAAAUUUAUCACAGAAAUCCUCCGUGUUGAUCUUCAAAUUUGAGUUCCUUCCGCAUUUCUUUUACUUUCGUUUGGUUGUUGCUUGCAUGGUAGAUGCAAACUGGGCUGUAGUCGAGGAUGCUGGACAAAAAUAUGUGUUCAAAAACGCUGUUUGUCUCAGGUUUCAGGAUCAUCUCAUUGUUUUGGCUGUUACUAUGACAACAAUUCAAAUCCAAUUAUUUAGACAAGGAGAUGAUGAUCUUAGUUUUGUUGUUACUAAUAAAAUAUGUGAUACAAUAAUAGAAAUUCUUAAGAGACUCACGAAAAACUUUCACAAGAAGACAUUGUAUUCGAAAGGAUAUCAAUGCUCAAAGCAAAAUGUUUUUGAGGAACUUGCAUCAUGUUUUCUCUUGGAAGAUGAAAUUUAUAGAAAAGGACAGAUAACCUGCCCCAGGCAUGGAGGGGUGAAUCAUCAUUCUGUCAAAGAAAAAGAUCUCCUCCUUUAUUGGAUGUAUGGCGAAGAAACAAGUUUUCAUGAGAAGGAGGUGCAAAUACCAGAAAAACUUUAUAGGAGUUUAAUUGCUGAUUUGGUAAAUAACUAUCUUGAUGUGUCUGUGGAUAAUGGACAUGUUUUCAGAACAUGGAAACAGUAUUUUAAGUUCCAGUAUUCGGCACCAAGGUAUCACUCAACCACUGUUGAUGAAGAUUUCAAUACAUUGGAAAGGGAUGGAAAACUUUCAUUGAAUAAUUAUGAGACCUUAAAAGAAAUACUAAAAGAUGUAGAUCACCGUGCCCUUCGAAGAGUUGAAGAACAUGAAAAAGAACUGAAGACAUUGUUAAGGCAAAAGUAAAAAGACAAUUUUUGCUUGUUUCUU